AUGGACACGCUGCGAAUCGAAGCCCGUAUAGUAUCGGACGACAUCCAGCCGUUUUUCAUUAUCAUCAUCAUCACUCACAACUCAGUCACUCGCUUCAAUAUCUACAACAGUAACUUUUCACUCUACUUCCAAAACAACCACCAAACCACAAACAUGCAGUUCUCCCUCGCCUUCCUCGCCGCUGUCCUCUCAGCCACCAGCGUAUCCGCUGCCCCCGCCGAUCCCGCCGUCAACAUGAUGGCCGCCACUCCCCAGUGGACCAUCCAGAGCAUGCAGCGCAGCUGUGCCAAGGACGACAGCUCCUGCACCUGGAACUUCAAGGUCAACACCCAUCAAGGUGCUGCCACUCCCUGCAAGUUUGUCGUCAAGGGCAGCAAGGCCUCUCAGCGCAACGGCGGCCCAGUCAAGUGCGGUGACUUCACCGUCACCUCUGGCUGGAGCGGCCAGUUCGGCCCCGGAAACGGAUUCACUACUUUCUCUGUUGUUUCGUCUAAGAGACAGAUUGUCUGGCCUGCUUAUACCGAUAAGCAGGUUCAGGGAGGAAAGGUUGUUAAGCCUGACCAGUCUUACACCCCUGCCAACCUUCCCAAUACAUAG